AUGGCAUCGAGAUGGAAUCUUCGCGCUCGCACCCCCAGCCAACAAGCCCGCAAUCGGCCAUGGCAGGGCUCGGGUAUUGAUCAUGUUUUUCUCUCAGAAUCCGAGUCCACCCACGACCACAAUGGCUUGUCGUCCUCAGGCGACGAGCAUAUGCAGGGAGGUUCGGGCGAUAGCGAGCAAGAACAGUACGACGAGGAGCAGUUUGCCCAACGGGUACCGUCGCAUAACCCUGAGGACGAGUUUUCUUCGCCUCCUGGUUCUGAAUUCUCACCCGAACCCGAUGGCUCCCAGGACGGUUCAGAAGAUCUGUCUGGUGCUGAACAGGCGCUGCACCAGCUUGAGCUUACGGAUUUACCAGAGAAACCACUGAAACGCUCGAGGCUCAAGAGAUCCCGGUCCGAGACUGUUCACUCCACUGACCAGCUGGACGUUGCUCCCCGCCCAUUCAAACGUGUCAAGGGCGCCAUUAACUACCAGUACAUCGGCAUGUUGAAUGCAGACAUUCGGGAUGCCUGCGACUUGCAUGUGCCACACCUUUGGCCAGCACUUCCCGCAUCACAAAUUGGACUUACUUUCUGGGACCCGGAUGAGAAGCAUUUCUUUUUCGAAGCUCUCGGGCGCCUCGGCAAGCAUCGGCCUCAUCUCAUAGCCCAGCGUGUCGGCACCAAGAGUGAGAUGGAGGUGCGUCAGUACAUCCAACUCUUGGAACAUGGCAAGAUGCAGCGCAAGAGGGCCGGGCAGCUGGAAGUCUUGGCUGCACACGAGAUUCCCGCUGCGGUAGAACUAAGUCAGGAAUGCGUAGCAGCGUUGGAAAAUGCUGCAGACGCCAUCUCGCUUCGACAGGAAGCACACGAAGAGACGUCGCAGCAUCGCCGUCGUCCCAAUAGACCCUUUUUAAUCACCAGUGAGAACAAUGCAGACCUGGUUGAGGAGGCCAAGAUGGAGGCAGACGAGGCUGAUCCUCUCUAUUUUUUCAAAGUCGAAAACUGGCUCGAACUAUCGGCUUGCCUCUUCAUGAAUGCUGCUUAUGAGGAAGGCAACUGGCAGAGCAUAUCGCACGAACCCCCGUCAAUCCGUUUGGAUACUCUAGGCGACUUUUACUCUCUCGCCAGGGCCAUCACACGCAAACUUGUGGCCGAGGCUAUCUUCAAUGCAAAGGCAAGCAAUCGCGGCCGCGCCCGACGGGCCGGAUCACUGACUGUGCGGCCCUCACACAUUCCAUCUCCGGACCAGGUGGAAGUCAAGAAACAGCUCGCAGGCCGCGAGCUCUUUUUCGCCGGAUGUGCGCGACGAUUGCGACUGAUGGUUGUGGACGACGACGAGCCAGAUAUUGGACAGGAUGAAGCUGGCCCCGCGGCCAUGUCCUACGAUGAAGUUGAGAGCAAGCUCUCGAAUAAAUUAAGAGCUAAACAUGAGGCGAAGGAAGACCCUAGCGAGAUGAUGGCCGACACAUACAGUUCUGAUGACGAACUACAGGACUCGGAGGUCAACGACGGGGAAGCACCUCAAGAACUUGACGUUAACGAUGAAGGUCCUUCACCUGUCGCGGAUCAUGCCAGUGAGGACCAAUGGGAGCAGUCUGACAACUCUAUCUCCUCUGUAGAUAUAGAAGACUCGGACGUCGAGGUGGAAAUCGAGGCGGAUGAAGUCCUGAUCCACUCGGCGUUGGGAUUGCCGGCAGACACCAGGUCCAAGAAUGCCUUGCGCCUUCGUAUUCGCGCAGAGUUGGAGCGUGAGGAGCUGGCAAAUGCAGUAGAUCGCCGAGCUGGUUAUGUCGAGGAGCGACGUAUCUGGGACGAGGUCCUGGGUCGCAAACCCACCGUUGCCCUGCAAAAGGUUCCUGAAGUUACCCUCAGGCCCGAUACUGCCGCUGCUACCCAGCGUAGGAAGCUUGCAGUCGAGGAUCUCAUACCCUUGUGA